AUUGCGAUUAGAAAAAACGAUUGUAGUGGCACAAAUGACGAUACUCGUAUUUUUAUUUACGAGUGCCUUCAGCUCUCGUUCAGCUUUCGUUUUGGGGGUAGAUGUCAAAUGUCAUUUAUUUUUUUGUUUUUGUUUGGUUGGUUUUGUUAAGUGCGCAAAAAAAUGUAAGUAAAUAAUAAAUAAAAUUGUCAAAAACAUACAAAUAAGUUAUUUCUAACCUUCUAGGCCUACAACUAAUGCUAAGCAGUUGGAUUUGCUGGUAGCUUUUAUGAAAACCAAUCCAAACAUAGCAAAAAAUUACUUGCCGACGAGCCAAGCUAAAGCCAAAUCCAAAAUUCUUUGGAAGGCAUUGACUGAUAAGCUAAAUGCAUGCGGUGCUCCAGAGAAACCAAUGGAUGGUUGGAAAAGUGUAUGGAAAGAUUUUAGGUACAAUCUUAAGCGCAAAAUGCAUGGAAAUUUGCUCUAUCGAAGUGGCACAGGGGGUGGCCCGAAUAAGCAAAAAAAAAUAUUCAGAAAAUGAAAAAAUAGUAAUUGCGAUUCUAGACCUAAAUGAGGCCGUGUCAGGGAAUUUAUCAGGGAAACAAUUCGGUGAUCCAAGUGAUGCGAAUAUUCAAGUGGCGGCUGGCAGCAGCACCAGUGUUAAUGUGACUAUGGAAGAAGCUGAUGAGCAGGAAGUACUUCUCGUUAUGUUCAACGAUGACUCUUUACCACAACCAGACAACAAUGAAAAUACUGAGCCACAACCAGAUAAUACUCAACAUUUUGUAUUUUUUUAUACGCAUUUCCUCUUUUUUGUUAGUUUGGGAUUCAUCUUCGCUUUCAAGGAAAUAGUCGCAGUGAAAAAACAUUUUAUAGAAUUUAUGCAAAUUACAUUUAUUUUUGAAACUUCCUCGACUUUAUUUAUAUUUUGACAUUUGUUAAUAGGAGUGAAGUUAGUUGCUCCUUUAAAAAAUUAUCAUUUUUCGUUUUUGCCUGGCAACUUUUUUUGCUUUCUAUUUUCGUAUCUUAUAAUCGCUCUUCACCAUGACUUUCGUUUCUUCGAGUUUCGUUUUUUCUGCCGUUCGUUUCGUAAUUCAUAAUAAGGGCCCU